AUGAAGACGAUAUCGAAUGUACGACCAAUUGCCGAUAAAAUCCUUCGAGAUAUUUCAUCUUAUGUUCAUAAUUACAAAAUCCAAUCUUCUCUCGCAUUUGACACAGCAAGAUUAUGUUUUCUCGAUACACUCGGAUGUGCUUUAGAAGCUUUGAAAUAUCCUCAAUGUACUCGAUUAAUUGGUCCAGUUGUACCUGGAGCAACAAUUCCAAAUGGAGCACGUGUUCUCGGUACAAAUCAUAUUUUAGAUCCUGUUCGAGCUGCAUUUUCUAUUGGAACACAAAUUCGAUGGUUAGAUUAUAAUGAUUGUUGGCUCGCAGCUGAAUGGGGUCAUCCAAGUGAUAAUCUCGGAGGUAUUUUAGCUGUUACUGAUUAUCUUACUCGAACUGCAAAAUACUUCUCUUCAUUAAAUCAACAAAAUGCAAAGAUCUUCAAAGUUCACGAUGUUCUUGAAGCGAUGAUCAAAGCUCAUGAAAUUCAAGGUGUAUUGGCUUUAGAAAAUUCAUUUAAUCGAGUUGGUUUAGAUCACGUUGUAUUGGUCAAAGUGGCCACAACUGCAGUUGUAUGUCGACUCUUAGGUUUAACAGAAUCUCAAACAGUUGAUGCACUUUCACAUGCGUGGAUUGAUGGACAAAGUCUUCGUACAUAUCGACAUGCACCAAAUACAAUGUCAAGAAAGUCUUGGGCAGCUGGUGAUGCGUGUAUGCGUGCUGUUCAUUUAGCUUUGUUAGUUGAAAAAGGUGAAAGUGGAAUAUCAUCAGCUUUAACAGAGAAAACUUGGGGAUUUUAUGAUGUUUGUUUUCAAGGAAAAGAAUUUAAACUUCAACGAGAUUUUGGAUCGUAUGUUAUGGAAAAUAUUCUUUUCAAAAUCUCUUUUCCAGCAGAAUUUCAUGCACAAACUGCUGCUGAAGCUGCAUUGAUCUGUCAUAAUUUACUUAAAGAGAAAGGAUUUACAGCUCCACAAGAUAUUAAAUCUGUUCGUAUUCGUACACAACAAGCUGCAAUGCGUAUCAUUGACAAAUCUGGUCCACUCUACAAUUUUGCUGAUCGAGAUCAUUGCAUUCAAUACAUCGUCGCCAUUCCAUUGAUAUAUGGUCGUUUAACUACGAAUGAUUAUACUGAUGUCGUGGCUUCGGAUCCACGAAUCGAUGAAAUGAGAACGAAAAUGAUUUGUAUCGAAGAUCAACGUUUUACACAAGAAUAUUAUGAUCCAAAUAAACGUUAUAUUGGUAAUGCAAUUCAAAUUACGCUUAAUGAUGGGACGGAAUUGGAUGAAAUAGAAAUUAAUUAUCCGAUUGGUCAUAGAAAACGCCGAGAAGAAGGAGAAAUCUUAUUGAUGGACAAAUUCCAACGACAUCUCCGUGGAAAAUUCGAUGAGAAAAGAGUCGAAAAGAUUCUCAAUCAAUCUCAAGCAGGUUUUGAAUCGACUGAUAUUGAUGAUUAUAUCAAUUUGUAUGUCUAA